AUGCAUGCGUUGAUGGGCAUGGGCAUGAGAUUUGUUGGACUCUCAUACAUCCUUCUCGCCGGUCUCGGGCUGUUGGGGCUUGUCGCUGCUCGUGCCGAUGUGGUGCACUAUUGUCCAUACCCUGUGUGGUGCGCCGUCGUGGUGGGAUACGAACCAAACGACCCUACCCCCCAGUCGGAGCGGCCAGCGGUCAAAUGGGUCAGUCAACCAGCCGGGACAGUCUUGACCAGCCACUUCCUCGACAGCCCGCAGGACACCGGUGUGGCCAUGAUGUGCACACGCGACCCUUCUGCGUCGACGCCGCUGGUCACGCAGCUCGAGUACGCUUGGGAGCAGGACGAGGGCAAGACGUAUUUCGACGUCAGCAACGUCGCAGGGGCGCCUUUUGUCCACGAGGGCUUCGAGAUGGACGUCGACGACCCGGAAGAUCCCAGUCUCAGUCUUGCAAGUUGUCGUGGCGCCUCUUGUGGGCCAGGAGACAAGGACUGCAACGACGUGUACAACAAGUACAACGACGACUUUCAGGGGAUGAGGACUUGUUCCGACUCGAUCAAUAUCAAGUUGACCUUGUGCUCGGGGUGA